UGGGGCGCCGCGCUGGGGUGCUGCUGCCCUGGCUGGAAGUGAGUGGACCCUGCCGGGAGGAGACGCACAGUUGAGUCUAGCUGGCGGGGCUGGCCGGAGCAUGGCGGACCAGAUCCCUCUGUACCCGGUGCGCAGCGCGGCGGCCGCCUCAGCCAGCCACAGACGCGCGGCCUACUACAGCGCCACCGGGCCCGGGCCGGGUGCCGACCGGCGCGGCAGGUACCAGCUGGAGGAUGAAUCUGCCCAUUUGGAUGAAAUGCCACUGAUGAUGUCUGAAGAAGGCUUUGAGAAUGAUGAAAGUGAUUACCACACUUUACCCCGAGCUAGGAUAACACGGAGAAAAAGAGGACUGGAGUGGUUUGUGUGUGGUGGAUGGAAAUUCCUCUGUACCAGUUGCUGUGAUUGGCUGAUAAAUGUUUGUCAAAGGAAGAAAGAAUUGAAAGCUCGAACAGUAUGGCUUGGAUGUCCAGAGAAGUGUGAAGAAAAACAUCCUAGGAAUUCUAUAAAAAAUCAGAAAUACAAUGUAUUCACCUUUAUACCUGGGGUUUUGUAUGAACAAUUCAAGUUUUUCUUGAAUCUUUAUUUUCUGGUAGUGUCCUGCUCACAGUUUGUGCCAGCAUUGAAAAUUGGCUACCUCUACACCUACUGGGCUCCUCUGGGAUUUGUCUUGGCUGUUACUAUUGCACGAGAAGCGAUUGAUGAAUUUCGACGUUUUCAGCGAGACAAGGAAAUGAAUUCACAAUUAUAUAGCAAGCUUACAGUAAGAGGGAAAGUGCAAGUUCAGAGUUCAGACAUACAAGUUGGAGACCUCAUCAUAGUGGAAAAGAACCAAAGAAUUCCAUCAGAUAUGGUAUUUCUUAGGACUUCAGAGAAAGCAGGUUCAUGCUUUAUCCGCACGGACCAGCUAGAUGGUGAGACCGACUGGAAGCUGAAGGUGGCGGUGAGCUGCACACAACGGCUACCAGCCCUAGGGGACCUUUUUUCUAUCAGUGCCUAUGUUUAUGCUCAGAAGCCACAACUGGAUAUUCAUAGUUUUGAAGGAACAUUUACCAGGGAAGACAGUGACCCUCCCAUUCAUGAAAGUCUCAGUAUAGAAAACACAUUGUGGGCAAGCACCAUUGUUGCAUCAGGUACUGUAAUAGGUGUUGUCAUUUAUACUGGAAAAGAAACUCGAAGUGUAAUGAACACAUCCAAUCCAAAAAAUAAGGUUGGUUUGCUGGACCUUGAACUCAAUCGGCUGACAAAGGCACUAUUUCUGGCUUUAGUAGUUCUUUCUGUGGUGAUGGUAACCUUACAGGGAUUUGCAGGUCCAUGGUACCGUAAUCUUUUUCGGUUCCUCCUACUCUUUUCCUACAUCAUUCCCAUAAGCCUGCGGGUGAACUUGGACAUGGGCAAAGCAGCAUAUGGAUGGAUGAUUAUGAAAGAUGAGAAUAUUCCUGGGACAGUUGUUCGGACCAGCACAAUACCAGAGGAACUUGGACGCCUGGUGUACUUACUGACUGACAAAACAGGGACUCUCACUCAGAACGAGAUGGUAUUCAAGCGACUCCAUCUGGGCACUGUCUCCUAUGGAACAGACACUAUGGACGAAAUCCAAAGCCACAUCCUCAGUUCCUACUUGCAGGUACACUCCCAAGCAAGUGGGCACAACCCAAGUUCCGCUCCACUGAGAAGAAGCCAGUCUUCAACUCCUAAAGUUAAGAAAAGUGUCAGCAGCCGGAUCCAUGAAGCAGUGAAAGCCAUCGCCCUUUGUCACAACGUCACUCCUGUGUACGAGGCUCGAGCUGGAGUCACUGGAGAGACUGAGUUUGCUGAAGCAGACCAAGACUUCAGUGAUGAGAACCGCACCUACCAGGCAUCCAGUCCUGACGAGGUGGCACUGGUGCGAUGGACGGAGAGUGUCGGACUCACUCUGGUCAGCAGGGACCUUGCUUCCAUGCAGCUGAAGACCCCCAAUGGCCAGGUCUUGAACUACUGCAUCCUACAGAUGUUCCCCUUCACCUCCGAGAGCAAGCGGAUGGGCAUCAUUGUCAGAGAUGAAUCCACAGCAGAAAUCACAUUCUAUAUGAAAGGGGCUGACGUCGCAAUGUCUACCAUUGUCCAGUACAAUGAUUGGCUAGAAGAGGAGUGUGGAAACAUGGCACGUGAGGGGCUGCGGACCCUUGUGGUGGCGAAGAGGACUCUGACAGAAGAGCAGUACCAGGACUUUGAAAGCCGAUACAGUCAGGCCAAACUGAGCAUCCAUGACCGGACCCUGAAAGUCGCUGCAGUGGUGGAAAGCCUGGAGAGGGAGAUGGAGCUAUUGUGCCUCACUGGGGUGGAGGACCAGCUGCAAGCUGAUGUGCGGCCCACUCUUGAGAUGCUGCGGAAUGCGGGGAUCAAGAUCUGGAUGCUGACAGGUGAUAAACUGGAGACAGCUACUUGCAUUGCCAAAAGCUCACACUUGGUGUCCAGAACUCAAGACAUCCAUGUCUUCAGGCCAGUGACCAAUCGGGGAGAGGCCCAUUUGGAGCUGAAUGCAUUCAGAAGGAAGCACACGUGUGCUCUGGUCAUAUCCGGGGACUCUCUGGAGGUCUGCCUGAGGUACUACGAGCAUGAACUUGUGGAGCUGGCCUGCCAGUGCCCUGCUGUGGUCUGCUGCCGCUGCUCACCCACCCAGAAGGCGCACAUCGUGACCCUACUGCGUCAGCAUACCAGAAAGCGCACCUGUGCCAUUGGUGAUGGAGGAAAUGAUGUGAGCAUGAUCCAGGCAGCUGACUGUGGGAUUGGGAUUGAAGGGAAGGAGGGGAAGCAGGCUUCACUGGCAGCCGACUUCUCCAUCACACAGUUCAGACACAUCGGCAGGCUGCUCAUGGUGCACGGGCGGAACAGCUACAAGAGGUCUGCAGCACUCGGCCAGUUUGUCAUGCACCGGGGCCUCAUCAUCUCCACCAUGCAGGCCGUGUUCUCCUCAGUCUUCUACUUUGCAUCCGUCCCGCUGUACCAGGGAUUCCUCAUGGUCGGGUAUGCAACUAUCUACACUAUGUUCCCAGUGUUCUCCUUAGUGUUGGACCAAGAUGUGAAGCCAGAAAUGGCAAUUCUCUACCCAGAGCUCUACAAGGACCUCACCAAGGGCCGGUCCCUUUCCUUCAAGACCUUCCUCAUUUGGGUUUUGAUCAGCAUUUACCAAGGUGGCAUCCUCAUGUUCGGGGCACUGGUGCUCUUUGAGGCAGAGUUUGUCCAUGUCAUGGCCAUCUCCUUCACGGCACUGAUCCUGACUGAGCUGCUCAUGGUGGCUCUGACCAUCAGGACAUGGCACUGGCUCAUGGUUGUGGCCGAGUUUCUCAGUCUGGGCUGCUAUGUCGCCUCACUUGCUUUUUUAAAUGAGUAUUUUGGUAUAGGCAGAGUAUCUUUUGGCGCUUUCUUAGAUGUUGCCUUCAUCACAACCGUGACCUUCUUGUGGAAAGUGUCAGCCAUCACUGUGGUCAGCUGCCUUCCACUCUACGUGCUCAAGUACUUGAAGCGGAAGCUGUCCCCUCCCAGCUACUCCAAGCUGUCCUCCUGAAUAUGGCAUGAGGCCAGGUAGAGAUACUCCUGCGCUGGGCAGCGUGAGGGACUGGCCCUGCUGGUGGGCUUGAGGGCUGAGUUCCCCCGGCUCUCCUCCCGGUAUCUGUACUGUAGCAGCGUGAACAGCUACUGAAAGGAAGUGAUUGCUUCAGCACGGCUGGGCAGGAUUUAGUUCCUGAGCACCGAAAGCUAAUUUCUGCAGUGUCCCCUCACGCGGCUCCUUCCUUUGAUGGUGUACUGUAGAAAGCCAUUGCUGCUCAGACUGGAGGUGCCAUGCCUGCACAUGCCACCGCGCCACAGCAGACAGUGGACCUGCUCGUCCAUCCUGACACUGGCACACUCCUCUUCAGACACAGUUUUGCUUUUCACUGGACACCACACACAUAACAAGCCCAAGUGGCCAAGCAGUGACACUUCUGGUAUCCUAAUUCCGUUGCAGCUAUGAAUGUAAACCGUUCCUUGAGGCACUGCUGUUAGCCGAUAGGUUUUUAUACCAUGAAACCAUAUUCAAAACCGUUUACGUAGAACUCAGCUGUCCUGUGCAACUCACAGCACCACAAUGCUUUGCUUUCUGAGUAGGGGUUCCUAGACGACAUGGCUUUACCUCAGCACUCUGAGCUUGUGAUGGCAGAUCCUCUGUCGAAGGCGCACUGAGGGCUGGUGGGAGUUCCCUAGGGGCAUGCUGGGCUCACUUCGCCCCAUGCAUUGUGUGCGUGCAGCUCUGCACUGUGCAGUGUGUGUCUGCCACACACACAGUGGGCCUUGUGACCUUAGCUCUCCCCACUGUGCGGCAGGCUGUGGGAGUCUCCUUUGCACUAGUUUUUUUGUAUGUGCCUGUGCUCUUCAGCUUGACUUCCCUCAGAUGUAGGCCCUAAGACCCUGAAUUCCUUGGGGGAGGACAAGCUGCGUGAGCAGAACACUGAGGACGUCCCCCUCACAGGCUGUGGGUCUGUGUAGGACCCGCCCCAGGCUUCUGUGAGUGCUGCUUUUCAGAGAGAAACUCUGUGGCGUAAAUAAAGCUUCAUUUGUCCCUAUA